UAACUUGAGAAGAAACAGAACACCGGAUUUGUUCUUCUUCUCCGCGUAGACUUCAAACUCUGUUUCUGUCUCUCUGAUCUGAUACAUCAUCCUCUCCCACUCUCUUUUCCUUUCGAGUUUCACGAUCAAUAGAAUUCAUCCGCGUUCGAGCGGUUGCGGAGAUCCGAAUCCGAUUUGUUUCCUAGUUUGAUCGCUGGAUUCGACUCUCUCUUCUAGAGAAUUUGACAUCGGAGGAAUCGGAUUCUCGAUUGGGCAAUCGGAUUGUGGUUGAAGAUCGAAGUAUAUGAUGUUUCGCUGAAAGUAAUUUUCUGGGCAUCAGUCGAAUUUUCUCUUCCUGAUGAAGAGAUUUCCGGAAAUUUGAAAUCAGCGAGAAAAAGCGGAAGCAACAAUGGCGAGAGGAGGGAGAUUGGGGGAGAAAGAGGGAGGAGAGAAGCACAUAGGGUUUCUAAAACUGGCUCAAACGCUGUCUCUUUUGCUGAUCUUCAUGGCGGGGAUCAUCAUCGGCCUCGCCGCGAGCUCCCACAUCGAUCGCUACUUCUCCUCUUUGCCUUCGACGCACUCCACCUCCACCAAUCUCCAAACGGUGUCGUUUUCCCCGAACUGCACCAUCAUCCAUGGCGAAUGCGACGCCGAGAGCGAUAAAUCGAGAUCCAAGGGUCGGGAUUGCUCGAGCAUCGAGGGUUUUCUUCGGCCGGAGAAUCUGAGCCAUCGGAUGACGGACGAGGAGCUCUUGUGGAGAGCUUCAAUGGUGCCCGUGAAGGAGGAAUAUCCGUACGAAAGAGUUCCCAAGGUCGCAUUCAUGUUCCUCACGAGAGGUCCGUUACCAAUGUUGCCUCUCUGGGAGAAGUUCUUCAAAGGGCACGAGAAAUUCUUCUCCGUGUACGUUCACGCGCCGCCGGGUUACGACAUGAAUGUCUCCAUUGAUUCUCCGUUCCACGGGCGGUUGAUCCCGAGCCAGAGAGUUGAAUGGGGAACUGCAUUGCUAACAGAUGCUGAGAAGCGCCUUCUAGCCAAUGCCUUACUCGACUUCUCGAACGAGCGUUUCCUCCUUCUCUCCGAGAGCUGCAUCCCCAUCCACAACUUCCCGACGGUAUACAGAUACCUCAUUGGCUCAAACUACAGCUUCGUGGAAUCUUACGACGAGCCAACUCGUUACGGGCGUGGCCGAUACAGCAGAAAGAUGCUUCCUCACAUCAAACUCCAUCAAUGGCGAAAAGGGUCGCAGUGGUUUGAAGCUAACCGGAAGAUCGCCACUUACAUCAUCUCCGACACCAAAUACUACUCCUUGUUCAAGAAAUACUGCAGGCCGGCUUGUUACCCCGACGAGCAUUACAUCCCGACGUUCUUGAACAUGUUUCAUGGCUCGGAUAACGCGAAUAGGACCGUUACUUGGGUGGAUUGGUCGUUCGGGGGGCCUCAUCCAGCGAGAUACAACGCGGAGAAUAUCACGGAAAGUUUUAUACAGCAGAUAAGGAGUAACGGGAGUUGUUUGUAUAACGGAGAGGUUACGUCUUUGUGCUAUCUUUUCGCUCGGAAGUUUGCUCCCAACGCCUUGGCUCCAUUGAUGAACUUGAGCUCCACGGUCAUGGAGUUCUGAGGAUAAAAAACUGACUGUGUUUUUUAGUUUGUUUUUUUUUGUCCUGAUCAUUACAGGGCCGAGAUGACACAUUCACUUAGGGUUUCAUUUCUCUUCUGUUUUUUUGAUAGUUUUCCCAGUUUUGAUCGCUUGUGUUUUUAAUGUACAGGUCGCUCUCUGUCAUUUGAGGAAUUCUAGUUACAGAUUUAUGAAAUACCGAUUAUUUUUAAUACAAACUUUAAUUUUCGUC